AUGCCUACAGCCCCUUGUACAGUCCGCCUAUAUGGGGAUCACUUGACUGCCGAGGUCGUGGAGACUGCUGUGUUGCUGGUCGACGGUUACUCGAUCCCUCGGCAGUCUUGGAGCCUGAAUAUAGACCAACCGACUUGCAUUGUAUUCCAAAUGCCAGAAUUGCCUGGCGAAUGUCAGUGCUGUGUCGAGCUGGACACCAUGGCUUGGGGCAGGUUACGUUGUCCACAGGUUUUCGUGUUCAAGGAACCCGUAGCUGACAAUUCCAGUGAGCUAUUUUACGUAUUGCCAAUCGGAGAAAACUCUCUGCUAUGUCUAUGCAAUUUAUUAGUCUUUGAAGAUGAUUUUUUUUCAUUGAUCAAGCGAAAUGUGUGA